GAAUGUUGCUGGUACUAAAGUGGAUCAAUGUCAUUAGUAGAAAGAAUUACUAUUGGUUAAUAUUUUAACGUUUAUCUAUAUUAAAGAGUUAACUAAGCUAGCUCUAAUGGAUAAUUCAAGAUCAUCUGACAUUAUCUGUCUUUCCAAAAAAUUCACUCAUCAUCAACAGGACCAAGUCCAUCGAUCCAAGUCUGGACUUCAGCCUGCCAGUACGCAAUCCAGCCGUCCAUCGAUUCUUCCUCUAGCGAUGAAGCAGACACCUUCGAUCAAGAGUUCUUGUGGCACCCCUUGUCCAAGUGAUUGGACAUGUAGUCUGUCGCCUGCACCUCAACCUUCCGCACCGAGUCCGGGUUCGGUGUUUUUUAAUUCGGAAUACAAGAGUGACGUCGUCUUUAUGGUAGGAAAACCUCCGAAUGUUUGGAGGUUUCCGGCACAUUCCUUCAUUCUCGCACCAGCUAGUCCAUUAUUCGAAGCAUUUGCCAAAGGUAACUUUCAUCUAUCGGAAGAGAGCGAAGAAUGUUGGAUUAUCGAUAUUAACGACGUAUCACCAGAUGUCUUUCAAUCAUUACUCAGGUUUAUAUACGAGCACGAAGUACCUCUUAAUUCAGUAUCAAGCGCUCUCCAAUUACUGCACGCAGCCAAUCGAUUCGUGAUGUACGAGCUUCAAAACCAAUGCUUGCAUUUUCUUCAGCAGAAUAUACAAGAGCAAAACGUGUUGGAGAUUGCUCAGAAUCUGCGAUUGUUUCGUGAAAGUUCCGAUCUUCACGAAAACGACUUAAACUGGAGGAACGAACUGGUUAUGAAUUGCUUUCGUUUAAUCGACAAUAGAGCGGAAAGUAUUCUCAGGACAGAAGCGUUCGAAAACCUUCAACAAGAAAUGGUUAACGAUAUUCUCAGCAGAGAUACACUUGGAAUAAGUUCAGAAUUAGUGGCAUUCGAUGCGGUUACAAAAUGGGCUUGCCAGGAGUGCAAACGUCAGAGAUUGGAGCUCCGUCCCGAGAAUAAACGAGCCGUCCUUUCCAAAACUCUCUACAACGUUCGCUUUUUCCAAAUGACAACCGAAGAAUUCAUGCAAGGACCAGCGCAGUCGGGUCUCCUGAACGAAGACGAGAAAAUUGCUAUUUUAUCGAGAAUCAAAGGAGACUCCAGCAAACCACUGCCAGAAACACUCAACAAUCCAAAACUAGGAGUCAAGCGCUUCAGAAAACCUCAACGAACGGAUUCCACAUUAAAGAAACCCAAGAAGUACGACAGUUCACCUAUGAGCGAGAUAUCUUCGGCAUCGUCAGUAAAGAGUCCAGAAUAUAUGCAUCCAAUAAAAGAACCAGGAAAGAAGAAUACGGCAUGGAAGAAAGUCAAACGAGGAAUGAGAGAUUUCGUCAUCAUAUUGCUUCAAAUUCUGGAUUAAUUAAUUAUUUCCAGUAUUACUUUUGAAGUUUUACUCAUCCAUAAAUAUUAGAAUUUUUGUGUAGAAUUUCUUAAAGAAAAAAAAAUAACAAAAAUUACCCAUUAUCUUUCAAUGAAUAUUUCAAAA